CUUCUGCUACAUCUAGGGUUUUUCUCUCGGUUGUCCUCGUCUGUCCUCCCUUGCAUCCUUUAUCAAGAAUGAAGGUCAAGGUAAUAUCCCGCUCCACUGAUGAAUUCACUCGAGAACGAAGCCAAGACCUUCAGAGGGUAUUUCGGAACUUCGACCCCAAUCUCCGAACGCAAGAGAAGGCGGUUGAGUAUGUUCGCGCUAUUAAUGCCGCGAAAUUGGACAGGAUGUUUGCAAAACCAUUUAUAGGAGCCAUGGAUGGGCAUUUAGACGCUGUUUCAUGUAUGGCGAAGAAUCCUAAUCAUUUGAAAGGGAUAUUCUCCGGUUCGAUGGAUGGAGAUAUUCGCCUAUGGGAUAUUGCUAACAGGCGAACGGUUUGUCAGUUUCCUGGACAUCAAGGUGCUGUUCGAGGCCUGACUUCAUCUUCAGAUGGACGCAUCUUGAUAUCAUGUGGGACAGAUUGCACUGUCAGGCUAUGGAAUAUCCCAAUUCCCACUCUGAAUUCUUAUGAGACUUCAAACAAUUCAUCUGAGCCUCUGGCAGUUUAUGUUUGGAAGAAUGCUUUCUGGGCUGUUGAUCAUCAAUGGGAUGGAAAUCUUUUUGCCACGGCUGGUGCUCAACUAAAUAUCUGGGAUCACAACAGGUCUCAACCAGUGAGCAGUUUUGAGUGGGGAACAGACUCAGUUAUCUCUGUUCGUUUCAAUCCUGGAGAACCCAAUGUCCUCGCAACAUCAGCUAGUGAUCGAAGCAUUACGUUGUAUGAUUUGCGCAUGUCAUCCCCCGUAAGGAAAAUAAUUAUGCAGACGAAGACAAAUUCCAUUUGUUGGAAUCCAAGGGAGCCAAUGAACUUCACUGCUGCAAAUGAAGACUGCAACUGUUAUAGCUACGAUUCUAGGAGACUAGACGAGGCAAAAUGUGUGCACAGAGAUCAUGUAUCUGCAGUAAUGGAUAUUGAUUUUUCACCGAGUGGUCGAGAAUUUGUUACUGGCUCAUAUGAUAGAACAAUAAGAAUUUUCCCGUAUAAUGGGGGUCACAGCCGUGAGAUUUAUCAUACCAAAAGAAUGCAAAGGGUCUUCUGUGUCAGGUUCAGCUGUGAUGCAAGCUAUGUAAUAUCAGGGAGUGACGACACGAACCUUCGGCUUUGGAAGGCUAAAGCAUCUGAACAAUUAGGAGUUCUUCUUCCAAGGGAGAAGAGAAAGCAUGAAUAUCAAGAGGCUGUUAAGAAUCGUUAUAAACAUCUUCCCGAGGUUAAGCGUAUUGUCAGGCAUAGGCAUUUACCUAAACCAAUAUUCAAAGCUGCUGCCCUCCGUCGCACUAUUGUCGAUGCCGAACGAAAGAAGGCUGAGAGGAGGAAAGCUCACAGCGCUCCUGGGAGCAUUUCAACUGUACCACUCCGUAGAAGAAGAAUUAUCAAAGAAGUUGAGUAAACUAACUACGAACCAGGAGAGGAGGGGACAAUUAGAAACUCGUGAGCUUCGAAGGAUUGAUCGGUAAGGUUCUUAACAUUACGAUUCAGGCAUCAGUACUCAAGAUUUUUCCAAUACCCUGCCCUCAUCCCAUGGUUUCGACCAACAGUUGAACGAGCGUAGGAGUGAAAAUUUUGCCGUGUUGUACAAAUUCUUGAUUGUCGAUCGAGUAGCUCGACGUCUUGCUAAACUAUACCAAAGUAACCUUUGGCUUUCAGCUUGUUUAGCUUUAUGAAUGUGUUAAACCUCAUCAAAUUUUAGUUCUUUGACUAUAUUUAGGCCCUGUAAUACCCAACUCAGACGAUGUCGAUUGGCUUUAGUUUCGUGUUUCGACUUCCCAAUGAUCAAUACAAAUUACAUAUCAGCA